AUGUAUUCUUAUUCGAUAUUCCUCGUAUCUAUCCUGACGUACUGCCAUGCAUUGUAUUUCCACAUUGCUGAGACGGAGAAAAAGUGUUUCAUAGAAGAAAUCCCUGACGAAACCAUGGUGACUGGCAACUACAAAGUCCAAUUGUACGAUCCUAACACGAAAGGCUAUGGUGACUAUCCAAAUAUUGGGAUGCAUGUGGAAGUAAAGGAUCCUGAAGAUAAGGUUAUCUUGUCGAAAUUGUACACAUCGGAGGGUAAAUUCACUUUCACUUCUCAUCUUCCUGGAGAGCAUGUGAUUUGCCUGUAUUCGAACAGUACUGCGUGGUUCAGUGGAGCACAACUAAGGGUGCACCUCGACAUUCAGGCAGGAGAACACGCCCAGGAUUAUGAACAGAUUGCUACAAAAGAUAAACUGAACGAACUCCAACUUCGUAUUCGUCAACUUCUUGAUCAAGUAGAACAGAUUACAAAGGAGCAGAAUUACCAACGAUACAGAGAAGAGCGUUUCCGACAGACGUCAGAGUCCACAAAUCAGAGGGUUCUGUGGUGGUCAGUCGGACAGACUUUAGUGCUCGUACUUACCGGUGCAUGGCAAAUGCGUCAUCUUAAAGGCUUCUUUGAAGCCAAAAAACUUCACCAGUUUCACAUAGCCAUAUUCUUCUGUAUAGCUCCAGCUUGUUUGCUGUUAAUGGCUGCUCGUCGUUUCAUCAAAGGUCUCACGUCUCCAUGGUCGCUCGGCUUCUCUGGUUUCGGUCUCGCAUAUGGAUUAUAUCACAUUUGGGAUGCUACACAGUCCGGCACCAAGUACGAUUUAUAUGAAAAUUUGGAAGGAAAAACGUAUAUCGUCACUGGAGCGACAUCAGGAAUAGGACAAGCCACCGUUGAAGAACUCGCGAAACGGAAUGCGAGGGUAAUUAUGGCAUGUAGGAAUCGUGAAAAAUGUGUCCAAGUGCGAAGAGAUAUCGUCUUAAAUACGCGGAAUAAGCAGGUUUACUGCAGACAGUGUGACUUGGAGGAUUUUGACAAUAUACGCGCUUUUGUUCAGAAAUUAAGCAAAGGCAAAUUUGAACUUGAUAGAAUUGAUGGGCUGGUUCACAACGCUGCGAUGAUGGAUCCUGAAAGGAAGGUCAACAAAGAUGGAAUCGAGCGAACAUUUGCCACUAACCACCUUGGUUCAUUUUUACUGACUGCAUUGCUUCUGGACAAAUUACUUGCACAAGAUCAUCCAGUCAGAAUAGUCUUUCUAAACACGAACAUCAUUGGGAGGAAGUGUGAGCUGGACUUCGAAGAUUUAAAUGCUUCGUCUCGAAAGAAGUACGAUGGGUUUGAAGUGUAUAAACAAAGCAAACUUGCUGCAGCAAUGUUCGCUAGGGAGUUAGCCGAGAGACUGAAAGGAACCAAUGUGUCGGUAACAGUCGCAGAUCCAGGGAGAACCAAGUCUAAUCUUUCUUCUCAGAUGGACGGACAAACAUUCUUCCUAAGUCGAUGGUUGCUCAAAAUUGUUAGUUUCGGUAUGGGUGAACGGCGAACUGAAAAAGCAGUGCGACCAGUACUGUAUGCUUUAGCCGAUCCUGCCAUGGAAGGUGUUAAUGGAGUCUUUAUUGAUCGAGAACGCAAUGAACAACCAUGGUGCGACUCUGUGGAAGAUGCCGAAAAACGCCGUCGAUUAUGGAAUACAAGUGAGGUGUGGACGAAACUUAGCGAGCGCAUGCAGCAGAUGCGACUAGAGCUUGGAGACGCUGUUCCAGCCCUAGACAAAUCAUUAGACGCGAAGGAAACUGCGCCCGGUCGGAGUUGGAAAAGGUUAUGGCUGUGGUAA